AUGAAUCAAAUGAUAAUCAAAGGAGCAUGGGCUAAUAUGGGGGAUGCAAAUGCCAGCAUACCCACUCCUGAGCCGGUCAUAUCAAGACCUAUGUUUGGAGCUUUUGGAAAUGCCGGAAGUGAAAACUCUGUUGCAUUUGCUGCCUUGAGAAACGGGGUUAAAGAAGUAUAUGGACUCAAGAAGAAGGUUGUAGCAGUAUCGAACGUGAGGGGGCUCACGAAACUCGACAUGAAGCUGAAUGAUGCGCUUCCGAACAUCACCGUGGACCCAGAGACAUAUGUUGUCACAGCAGACGGUGAGAUACUUGCGUGUGCACCAGCCACUUCGGUCCCUCUCUCCCGGAACUAUUUCCUCUUUUAAGGUUGUUGAAAUUUUCAGUUACUUUGCGCAUUACACGCAUUGCUAGUAAAAUGAGUCACGUAAAGC